CCUGAAUUUAAGCGUGAUUUUAUUUGAAUUUCCAUUUAAUUAUAGUAUAUAUACACAGCCCAAGUCCAUUGUAUUUUCGUCCUGGAAAAAGUUUAAUGGAAAGCCUGAAAAUCGUGAUGAAAAAAUUAUCUCCUUAAAUCAACGUCUUACGAAUAAUUUAUUUAUAGAUCCUCGAAUUACACAGUUUCAUGGAAUCCAGCAGCAAGACAUAAAUGAUUCAUUCGAAUGUAAUCAGUCGUUUCCAAAAGUCAAAUAUCAUUGUAAUAAGAAGAAGAAUGAAAGUUCAGAGAUCCUGAAUUGCUUAACGCCAAUUCGUCAGGCUAAAAAGGUCGUACAACGAAAAACUAUUAAUAAAAUGGAUAAAAUAAGAUUGGAUGGAUUUAAUGGCUUACGAUUUACGCCAUUUAAGUCGAAGGGAUGUUUUACUCCGAACUCAGCAACACCUUAUAGUUGUUCAUUAUUCAAUACGAAAUGUGGAAUUAAUCCUAAUAAGGCAGUCUUUACAAUUGACUCGAAAACAUCAUCUAUCUUAAUUGUGAAUAAGAAUGCAUGCAACCUUCUUGGAUAUUCGUCAAGGGAAUUGUGUGAUAGUAAUGUAAAAUUUUCUAAUCUCCUAGCAUGUAAAAAUAAGGUACACGUGAGUGCUUUAGCUGAGAACCAAUUUAAUUCCGAAGAUGGAACAAUGGUUCUGUUAAGUGGAAAAGUAGUCGAAAUGAUUCAUAAGAAUGGAGAUAAAAUUCCAGUCUCUUUAUGGAUACGCCAUAUUGAUGGACAUGAUGGACGAUGCCUAGCAGUCGCUGAAGUCGUUGAACGUAAAAUUGCGCAAUUAAUAAUUGAUUUUAAUGGAAUUAUUAUGAGUGGUGAUAAUGAAGCAUUAAUGUUAUUUCAAUUAGACUCGCUCGAGAAAUUUGUUGGACUUGAUAUAACUGUUUUAAUACCUGCUAUUCAAUUACCUGACGAAAGUCCAACAAUCCCAAAGCAUGUUAGAAAACAACGUGCAACAGGAAAGACACAGGAUGGCGUUUCAUUUCCUUUGUGCUUAAUGAUAAAACACCAAAAUUAUACUAAUAGCCAGAACUGUCAUAAUAAUGAAAGUAACGAUGAAGAAGGUGGUUAUAUUGUUACUAUUUGGGUCUACUCAAAUGUCAGUGGGCUUAUUGUUCUCGAUGAAAAUUCUAUAAUUGAAUCGUGUAACCAUCAUUUUUCAACUUUAAUGUUUGGAUAUUCGCAAACAAAAAUUAUAGGUCAAAAUAUCUUUAAAUUAAUUCCGAAUUUUGGGCAAGAGUUUGAGUACAUUGAAACGCGAAAUCUUAUAUCGCCAUCAAUUGAAAACGAAGAAUCUGAGACAGAAACAGAUCAUAUCUUGAUGUCUGACCCUUUUAUGUCCCGUGCACAGCCAACUGUUAUACCCAGAAUUUGCCCUAAAGAAUUUAAGAUUUGUCUGGAUUUCACGUCUUCCUCCCAUUCGAGUUUGAAAUCUGAAGGAACGUAUGAAAAGUUAUAUAGUGAAAAUGAUAGAAAUGUGGCAAAUUAUUCGACAGACGACGACACAAACGAAUUAUUGACACCAGUAAAUGAAGAUCCGAAAGAUUCAUUGACGUCUCAAAACAUUGAGGAAAUGCAACAACAAAAUAAUAGCAAUAGUAAUAGUAAAACGCACACAGAGGCAACAACACCAAAUAAUAGCAACAAUUCAGAACAUCAAAUGACAACGAAAGCAACAACAAACAAUAUUAAUAUCACAACGUCAACGCCAGAUAUGAGAAAGCGGUCAUCAAUAUGUAUGGAUCCAAAACUAAUGAAAUAUCAAUCGCCUUCAAGUCAGCAAGUCAAUAUACAACAGUUUAAUUACAAUUAUGUAGAUGGAAAGUACAAAGGAGAAGCUAUUCAUGCGGAUGGAAAUAUAAUUGACAUAGUCUAUACGAUCAAUAAACACCAUUUAAUAUCGUCUAAUUCAGCAAUUUAUCUAAUAUGGCUAAGUCGUGAUCAUGGCUCUUUAUGUCGUAAUCAUGAGGACGAAGAAGCUGAUGAGAAGCAAUUUAAUUUAACUUUAACAUUAAAUAGCCUAACAAGUACAAUUGAUAAUUCGGUUGGUGGUAUGAAAAAUAAUAUUUCAACGUCAUGUAUGAGUAAUGCAACAAGCUUAAUGACAUCUGCAACAGCUGGAACUAAUACAUUAGCUAAUAUCACGUCCUCACAAGCUAGUCGUCCGAAUUCGUUGUCAAUUAUAUCGCAGUGUGAGGAUGAACAAGUUAGUGGAGAAUAUGCUAAGAAUUACACGACAUUAAAACAAAUUGGAAAAGGUGCUUAUGGAUACGUUAAAAUGGCUUAUAGGAACAGUGAUCGACUCCUUGUAAUCUCAAAAUUUAUCCUUAAAGAAAAAUUGUGUCCAAAUUUUAUGAUAACAACUGAUGAAAAGAAGGAAAUACCUAUGGAAAUUUAUCUACUGAGUCGGGUUAAGCAUCCAAACAUUGUGUCAGUUCUUGAUGUCUAUGAGAAUGAUAAAUUCUUUCAAUUAAUCAUGGAAAAACACGGUAGCGGAAUGGAUUUAUUUGAAUUUAUCGAUAGACGACCUUUAAUGGAUGAAAAAUUAGGAUGUUACAUUUUUCGUCAAAUAGCUAAUGCUGUAGAUUACCUGCACACAUUAAAUAUUUUGCACCGAGAUAUUAAGGAUGAGAACAUAAUUAUUGACCAGCAUUUCCACAUAAAACUAAUUGACUUUGGAUCGGCGACAUUCCUACAAGAAGGGAAGAUGUUUUCGACAUUUUAUGGAACGACUGAAUACUGUUCACCAGAAGUGCUAGCUGGAAAUAAGUAUCAAGGACCGGAAUUGGAAAUGUGGUCGUUGGGUGUAACACUUUAUGUCUUAAUGUUCUUUGAGAAUCCAUUUCUGGAUAUGGAAGACACUUUAAGAGCAGAAUUAUUAUUUCCACAAGAUGUUAGUGUUGGACUAGAAAAUCUUCUUUUAAGAAUGCUUGAGAAAGAUCCGAAAUUUCGAUUAAGCAUGAAGGACUUAUUGGCACAUGAAUGGAUAACACAGGAAAUUGUAAAUAAUUUUAAUUUUCCAUCGAUUGUUCCAUGUACGGAGUGUGAAGCGAAUCCUGAAGUAUAUUAUUCUGGCCAAUUUGCAGCCUAUUCAAGUGCAACGGCCUUAUCAACAUCACACGAUUCGCUCUCAUUAGCUGAUGACUCAAUUGUGGAUGUAUGUGACGAAAAUGAUGACCUGAAAUGUGAUUACGAGGAUCAUUUGACGAGAGUGAAUCAGAACUUUAACGAACUGAAUUUAAUUAAUAAGGAUGAUGCGAGCAUGAGUAGAUCAUUACAAAUCAGUAAUCGUAGUAAAACAGGUGGACAAAACUUCCGAGAAACUAAAAUAUCCAGCGCCUGUAGUAAUGUCUACGACAACUUUUUAUCUGUUCAUAAUGCGCACUAUCAAAAUCAAAGUAAUAACAGCAGUAACAGCCCAAUAUCACCUAUAAAUCCUCUAACGACGUCCAAAUCCGAGAAUAAUAUCUUCGUUAAGAAUAUUUCGGUAAAUUCAUCUCAAUUUAAUGUUGUAAGUUUGUCAGAUUUGAGUGAUGAUGCACAGUAUGUUAGUGCCGAAGAUAACGGAACACAGCAAUGGAACGAUUUAUCAAAAAUGCAAGUUCUGAAUCAAUUGUCGGAUGACAAGAUUGAUGGUAAUUUAGUUGAUCGAUUUUAGAAGCUGCUUUUAUUGCUGCUUUUUUGCACUUUUAAGAUCACAUCCAGUCUUUAUUGUGGAUGCAACUUGAAACAAUCUAUGAAAGCCAUCCAUUUUAUUUCUUAGAAUUAAAAAUGUUCACACACGUUUUUUUAUGCUAUGCACAAUUUUUCUGCCUGCAAAAAAGUUAAUUAAUUUUUUUCUGUGUCAAAAUUCACUCAUAUUUUCAUUUCAUCUAGAAAACUCGACCCAAAUGAGCGAAACGAACGAUGAAAUUUUAUGGGAGAGACACUAUUACUCGAGAAUUGAUGCCUUCGAGGAUAAUUAAUUAAAUCAACUUUUAAUUUCCCUUCUUUUUAUCCGAUUAAAGUUUAAUGAUUUUUAUUCAAUUUUUAAUCAAGCGCAGCAGUUAGCAUAGACCAGAUGAAUAUAUCCCUACCGCUCUUUAUACAGAAGAAAAAUAAGUAAAAUUAAUGAAAAUGAAGAAAAUUUAAUUAAAGUCAUUCAGAAAAUCGUCAGAAGGAAUUAAAAGCUAGUUUCUAUUUUUAUAUUUGAAAGAAAAAAAACGCCUAAAUCGAUGAUGCUUUUUGCGAUUUUUCGAAUCAACUC